AUGUAUCAACGACGACAUCUCCUUCAGCCAGUCCAAAGAUUAUUAUUCUCUGAGGUACUUGUGCUCUCUCAGCACUUAUCAUUGACAUCGAUCAUACCCAAGACCAUCAAGAAACUGAUAUUUGACAAUGAGUUCAAUGCACCAAUCGAUCACAAUGUUGUGAUUCCAGCUUGGAUCACAGAGUUGGUGUUUGGUCAAUCAUUCAACAAGCCAAUAAGUGAACAGACCAUUCCUUCAUCAGUCACCUCACUAAUAUUUGGUGAUACAUUCAAUCAAACUAUCAUGACCAACUCAAUCCCAUCAUCUAUAACAUCACUCCGGUUUGGCAAUGCCUUCAAUCAACUGUUGACAUUGGGUGCGAUACCUGCCUCCGUGACGUCACUCACUUUCGGCGAGAGGUUCAAUCAAGUGCUCAAUGAUGGUGUCAUUCCUUCAACCAUCUCAACACUAUCAUUUGGCUCUGACUUUAAUAGGGAGUUGGGCUCGCUCUCUUUGCCUGCCUCAUUGACCUCACUAUCUUUUGGUAAUAGAUUCAACCAGGUAUUGACGACUGGAUCAAUUCCAAGCACAGUCACAAUGCUGCGCUUGGGACAUUUCUUCAAUCAAAGCUUGGCCGUUGGACAACUCCCAACUUCACUGACUGAACUAUCAUUUGGCAAAAAGUUCAAACAGCCACUGAUAGCUGGUGUAUUCCCAUCGUCGAUCAGGACACUCUCAUUUGGACGCAACUUUAACCAGCCAUUGUUGGAAGGAGUCAUCCCACCCUCGGUCAAGACCCUUGUGCUUGGAUAUAAGUUCAAUCAAUCAGUCAACGCACCUUCUGUGACGAGCCUCUCUAUUGGUGAUCAAUACUACACCUCGGAUGUUCGAUUCAAGUUGUCACACCUACAUACCUCAACUCUGCAACAUCUAACCAGUCUGUUACUGGCCAACGAUGAUCCGGAAGUCUUCAAACUCUUUGAAGGUGGCCGCCCAUUGAACCAUGUCACCAGUCUCACUCUGACGGGCUAUGGUCAUCGUUUGUCGCCAGGUAUGAUCCCAUCCAGUGUGGUCACUUUGAAUCUCCCUGAAUACUGCGACGACUUACAAGUGAAUGAUAUACCUUCGUCAGUGAUCAACCUUACACUUGGCAACGGAUAUAAUCAGAGUGAUUUGGAGCCUGGAGUCAUCCCAUCGUCAGUGGUCCGACUCAAUCUUGGUGAUGAGUUCAAAGAACAUCUAUGUGACGGCUCGAUUCCAAUGUCGGUGACCAAGCUCAGUUUGAAUGGACAGGCUUCGUUUGAAAACAUUGAAGCGCUCACGAAUCUCAGGUCGAUCACGCUCCACAUCCCAAACGACUACUCAGGCAUCACUGAACAGAUCUUCUAUCAAACGGUGCCGACCAACACCAUUCGAAACUGCACCCAAGAUGAUGGACAGAUUCUACAAUCGGUUCGAGUGAUCAAUUAUGACCAGGACUCAUACGAUAUUGUGUACAUGGUGUAUAAUCACAUUGGACAAACUUAUUCGUUUGGAGCGUUCAACAUCAUUCCAAGUAGAGUCCAGGUUGGAAGGACAUCCGCUCGAAGAUACAAAGAUAAGGUGUCCUGUCCAUACAUACCCUUUCAAGCAUUGUCCAGGGGACAUCUUCACAUUAUCGAAUCAAACAGAAUCAUUCAUUGCUCAUCCCUUGGAUGUAAGAAAAGGCUCCCUAUCCUGAAUAAUAAAAUAAUG